AUGCGAAUGCCGGGCGUUCUUCACGGUACGUAUCCAGCAGCAUGUGAAAGCACACGAGACUAAGAAGGUGUGUGUGUGUGUGUGUGUGUGUGUGUGUGUGUGUGUGUGUGUGAGAGAGAGAGAGAGAGAGAGAGAGAGAGAGAGAGAGACAGAAGGAGAGAGAGAGAUUACGCGUCCUUGUUUCUGAAACUGCCUCACAGUCUGUGACAAGCGUCAUCAUCCCGUCGUGGAAGUAAAGCCUCACAUGUGUGAGCCAUCAAGGACAGACGAAUUUCUGCAUGGUUUUCCAGAGUCCGGCGCUCCUCAUAGUGUCGAAGGCUUCCGUCAGGUCCACGAAGGUAGAGCCGAAGUCCGUGUGGAUUUCCUGGCACUUCUGUUGUAACAAGCGGGCGGCAAAAAUCAUGUUGGCAGUUUCACCAUGUAGUCGGAAGUCGAACUGAAUUUCCCGGAGAAGUCCGCGUUCCAGAUGGUCGUUGAGAUGAUUAAGAAGGAUGCAAGCGAAGAUCUUUCCAGAAUUGUCAAGCAGCGAGAUCCCUUGCGGCUAUCCUACAGUUGCCGGUCCCCUUUCCGCUUGUGCAGACGGACGAUGGUUACGUCGUUGAAAUCUGGAGAAACUUGUCCAUGAUGUCGCAUCUCUUGGAAAAGCCGUGUGCGUUUAUGCAUCAAUUGAGAGCUGUCAUGCCUGUGAUUCCGACCAGGACUGCGUCCGACCCCGGUGAUUUCCCGCUGAAGUGCGGUUGUAGGGCUCUGAUGGUUUCUGGAUGAGAAGACCAGGGGUUCAGGUCAUUGUUCGCUUCAACCUGGGAGACUCGGUCAAUGGUGGCUUUGGAGACUGGGGAUUAACCGUUGAGUACGGUUCUGAAUCUUCAGGUCUCUCCAUGGGGAGUGUUGUUCCGUCAGAGUUGGGAAGUGGCGCCGUUCCUUCGGCUGUAGGACCGUAGGCCGUCAUGACUGAUGCAAAGAAAUUCUAUCCGCUGACCCAAAGAUUUUCUCGUCCCUGCGUUCUGCCCGAGGAUCCUGCAUCUUCCGCAAUCGUUGUUGUUAAAGGAAGCGACAUAUGAAGGUCACCCUUUUUGCGUUGGCUCCGCAGCCUAUCCUUAUCUGAGAGCUGAUUGUAGAUUACUUCAUCUUUCACGUCGAGCUGGUCGUAAUAUAAACAGCCUAGGCGAUCGCGAACGCCCAGGCGGCGGAAUAGAUGACGUCCUGCGGUUGGUACCACUGUGUUUCUACGGUGCCGUUGUUGUUCGCAGUCUGCAGUUUUUUGAGGAGAUUAAGUAGUUGAUUGGUGAGAUCGAAGCGGUGAGGAGACACAUUUAGCAGGACAUUACUCAACUAAUCCACCGGUCUUUUGCCUCGUGGUCCCCUGUGAGGUUGCAUUUCGUUGCAAGCGGUGGUUUAUCCAACCGUCGACGUCGCAGAUCGCCUUGGUGAUCAGCACGUCCCGUCAAUCUCGCCUCCAAACGAGGACGUAGUCCAACAGCUGCCAGCGCCGCGGGCAGAGUUGCACCGGGGUUGUAUUCUCAAGUGUCGAAGGAGGGCAGAAAGCGACGAUCGACAGGAGACUAUGUUCUGUGCUGGUUUUCUAAAAGAGGAGGCCGUUGUCACUGCAGACGCCAAGUCCGUGGGGACCCGACACUUCCCGGGCAGCUUGAUCUGUCCCGAGGCGGACAUGGAAGGCACCAAGGACAAUCGAUUUGCCCGCCCUCUGCACAGUCGUCAGGAGGGCAUUCAGGUCGUCGUCUAG